UAUUUGAUGUGACAAGGCUGAGCAGCCAAGGCCAUACUUUGGCUCUAAAUUUGGCUUUUCUCUAUAAGCUCCGCUUGGCCGCCACUCCAACAAGGAGGCUCGUGUUGCUGUUUCUAGCAGCCAAUGUGAUGCUUGCAACCUACCUAAACCAAUCAUGGUGGCGCCUCUGGAUCAACCCACCAUUCAUUCGUUUUGCCAAGCGAACAUUUUAUCGGCAUCCCGAGCUCCUUCCAACAAACAAGCCAGCCAUUGUGGCAGGUAGAACAUGGUUGAAAUGUUUAUUGGUAAGGUUCGAUGAACCGUCAGGUUGGAAGGACCCAACAUGUAGUAUGAAAGUGGGGUGAGAAGAUGGAGGGAGAGAGAACAAGUGCUGAAUGCAAGAAAGUACAUGAAAUAUAAUAUAGGAGUA